UACAAUUAAUUUUUGUGUUAAUUAUUGUAAAACUUUCGCAAAAAUUAACAUUAAGAAUUUAACUAAAGUAUUUUCAAGAGAUUUUUAUUGUUAAAAGUAAAAAAUUAUGCCUCCAAAAAGGAAAACGGACACGAAAUCAUCAAGAGAAACUGAAGAAAACUCUGAUGAUUUGAAGAAUUAUGCGUAUUGUCUCCAGCAAGAACUGGAGCAAGAAAGAAAGGAAAGGAACUGUUUACAAGAAGAAAAUAAAGUAUUUUCCAAUUAUAUUCUGUUAUUAAAGCUAGAAAACAGUAAUUUAGAGAAGACAGUCGAGAUGCUUAACAUAGAACUGGAAAUGGAAAGAAAGAAAUGCGAGCAGGAAGCAUUGAAUUACGGGAAAAAAUGCAAACACCUGAAUUACGAGAAUGAAAAAAGGAUUCAAAAUUUCGAAAAUAAGCUCAAUGAGAAGGAAAGAACCCGCAAACUAAAUUCUGAGCAUCAAAUAUUACAAAUGAAAUCCGAUAUCUUUCGCAUUCGAUCCAAAGUGGAAGAGAAAGAUGUGGCAAGGCUGCGAACGUUCGACCAGCUCAACUUGAAGUACGUGGAAGAUUUGGAUAGAGAAAAAGCCAAAUGUAACGAGAAAAUCGACAGCAUGAGGAAGAAAUACGAUUAUUUAAUUAAUCAAGAAAAAGAAAAGAACGAUUUCUUAAGGUUGGCCGAAUGCCACGAAUGGAAAAAUCGUGCGAAAACUGAAGUAGAGAAAGUAGUCGAGAGACACGAAACGGAUUUGAAAAGCUUCGCUGUCUUCUCCAAGAAUAUGAUUACGGAUAAUAUAUCCGUGGUAGGUAAUGUGAAGGAGGAAAUUAAUAAAGAAAAAAAGAAAAGUAGUCACUAUCGGUCGUUGGCAAACAAACUGAUGCAAGAAAAUCAGCAACUGGCGCAGACAAACGAACAAUUGGCAUCGUUAAGAAAGCAAUUGCGUAGUCGUGAUGUGGAUAAAGUCGAUUUGAAGAAGACCAAAAGUCAGUUGAAAUCUCUAAUUAAGACUCAAUCGGAAGAGAAACUUCAAAUAGAAAUUCUACGUCAACAAUUGGAUUCCGUAACCAAAGAGAGGGACGUCCUGAUGGAGAAUUUCGUGAAAUGUGCAAGGAACAUACAGCAAAAAGCGGAAUUUAAGCGGUGUUUGGUCGAGAGGAAACUAGAAAUCACCGCAUUAAACUUAGAACGUAAGCAGUUGGAGUUAGACGAGUUGGUUAAUAAUGGAUACGUCAGUAAGGAAAUACUAAGAAACGUAGAAUUAAAAUUAGAAAACAUCCUGACUGAUAAAAACAAUCAGACAGCUGCUCUUAAGGAAGAGAUUGCUAAGCAGUGCAGAAUGCACAACGACAUGAUACGAACCUUUGAAUGUGCUCUGGCUAAAUACAAGUUGGAUGCAAAGAGUUUGGGUCUACAAAAAAUGAAAGAAUUUAAGUGUAAUUUUUAAAAGAAAUUCAUUUAUAUUUCUCUCAAAAUUUUCAAAAUAACAUAUGUAAUUAUACUGUAAAUAAAUUAAGAUUAUUCGAUCCAAUACACUUCUGCCAAUUCUGUACACUUCGAUUCAAUACACUUCAUGUUAAAGAGUAAAAACCAAUAUUCCUCAAAUGCGAAUAUACAAGCACGCUAUUGGCUGCAGGAAAAGUAAAUUUUGGGGGCCAUUUCAUCGCCUAGUCUAUACAUGUCAAAUAACGGAGUUAAUGUGUAGAAUCCGUUGCCUGUAAGCAGGAGGAACGAGAAGGAUUCAGCAAAUCAGCCGGAUCUCAGAAUCGAGUGCCUUAAGCAAGUACAUUCCUAAAUCAUAUUUUCGUAUAAUGGUGUAUAUUUAUCGGUUUUGGCUAGCUUUUUGAUGAAUGAGGUGAAAUCGAAAGAUCAUAAAAAUCAUACAAAAUUGGCAUGUUUCUUUAAGGAAAUAGAUGUUUUUAGCACAAUUACAGUAUAUAUAAAUCAUGAAAAUUCAAUUGAUCAUAAAUAAGAUUUAUCAAGACAUUUGUUUUACCACAUCCUGA